AUGGUGUCUUUCCAGUGUGAGGGCUGUGGAGAUGUCCUCACUAAAAAGAAGCUCGAUCCCCAUCGUGGCCGUUGUCGCGGCGCCACGUUUAGUUGUAUUGAUUGCAUGGUCCACUUUCAGGGCACUGAUUAUCGAUCGCAUACGUCCUGCAUGACCGAGGAUCAAAAAUACCAGGGCGCCUUAUAUAAAGAGAAGCCGCAGAAGGGCAACAAGCAAAACAAGAAGCAAGCCGAUAACAACUCGAAAACGCUCACCACCACCAACGGAAACUCCGCCAAUACUAAGAAAUUUCGCCAGUCGUACGUCGAAGACGCUCCAGAUGCAGACGAUCCUGAUUACAAGCAACCUCCUCCCCCAGCUCCUAGUCCUCCACGCGACUCGAAGAAAGCCACUCCGGCAUCCGCAGAACUGGCUCCACCCGAUAAAGACGUCGAUGUCUUUGACUUCCUCGUCACUGACCAAACUCCCACCGCCUCCAAAAUUUCGCUGGCAGGAUCCAAGGAACAGAUGGCGAUGAUCUCGAACGCACGGUCAGUCUUUGAGCCCAGCCAGGCUUUGGCCCAGUACAACACGGACGUCGAGGAGGAAGACAGGGCAUAUGAUAUUGCCUAUGAGGAAAAUGGGUUCUCAUACGGCGCCGACCCGAUUAAGCCUUCGUUAUACGGCAAUCAAGUCUCCAACAUUUCGAUGGACUUCAUGACACCCGCACCGAAGAAGAAGGAAAAGAAGAACCGAAAGAGGGACGUCGAACGCAGCUCGCCGGUUCCAGAGCCAAAAACGACUAGCGAGAAGAAGCGAAAGCGUGGACAUGUGGAUGAGCUCGAUGUAGACGCUGCUAAUGCGCGACAUGAGGAGGAUACGCCCAUGACUGAUGCUCCGUCGAGCGUGAUCAACAAUGCAGGCACACCUUACCUCCAGCAUUCUGGUUUGACUGGUGGCCUGGAUCGCAUGCUCCGAGAUGAGCGAUCACCUUCUCCAGAUUACGAAGAUUACACCGACGAGGAGGGGGAUUCGCGACGGUACCAGGAUCCACAGUCACCACUCAAGCGAACACGUCGAAGCGAGAAAUCGGCCGGAAAUGCGGACAAUGGGUUAGGCAUAUCCCUCAAGGGCCGCGCAGGCCGUAUAAUGUCUAUGUUCAGCGGCUCCAACGUGUCUGGGAGCAGCCAUGGAAGCGCUGAACCGCCAUCGAAAGCACUCGUUCGCACGCGUCCAUCUGAUGGCGAACAUGCCGGUGCGCUGAUCCAAGUUCGUCGUUCAAAAAAGACCCCCAAUGUGCGUCACGUUCAUGCAUCUGGCGAAUCGCGUAAGACAAAACGCAAAAUCAGCUCGCAAAGCUACGGUAAUGACCAUUACGACUCCACCCGGCCCUCUCGCCGUCUCAAAGCUAUCGAAUACCACCCGCACGGGUCCGACAGUGGCGGAGACGACAACCGCAAAAUGGUCGUAUACCGCCACGAGAGAUUGACUGAAGAGGAAAUCGAGAGAGAAAAAGCUAGUUAUUUCUUGUCCCUGGUCACCAAGGGACCCGAGAGUGAACGCGGAUGCUCGAUCAACAAAGCCCUCAAACGCUUCCAUCGCGACUGCCCAUCUCUCGCAGGAUCAUCUCAGGACCACGAUGACGAUCCCGAACGCGACCGUCGCGGCCGUGGACGCAGCAGCCGGGCUGACCGGAAUAGCAAACUUGACGAGGAGAAGGAUCUAUGGCGGACUCUGCGUCUGAAACGGAAUGAUCGUGGUGAAGUGGUAGUUUUCUUCUAA